AUGUGGCUCCUGACACGUCGUCGUGAAACGGGAAGCAACGAACGUCGUGGAUGUGCGGUGGACGGCGCAGUGAUGCUCGUUCUCAACUUCCCGGACCAUCGUGCAACCCCCUCUCCCAUCCCCUUCCCUUCUCCUCAUUCCGAGACCGUACGUGCAUCCAGAUGGACUUCUGGUCUUGCGACAGUCCGUGACCAACAAGCCCUGUGA